AUGACUGGUUUGCGCGUACCUGUCAGUCCAUAUCGCCCUAGAUUGUCGUUGUUUCCUCUGGUUCAGUUGGAGAGGACGUAUAUGCCAGUUCACAUGUCUGCCUUUCGGUCUCAGCUCCGCUCCGUGGGGCUUCACGAAGCUGCUGAAGCUGGUGAUGGCUCACAUCCGAACCUCGGGCGUGCGAUGUCUCGUUUAUUUGGCCGAUUUGCUGAUUUCCUGGGAAUCCGCAUCCAGACUACGAUUGCAGAUGAAGUUUGUCGUUCACUUUCUGGAAUCCUUAAAGGGUUUCGUGGUGAACAGACAAAAAUCGUCUCUCUCUCCCGCCCAGUCAAUACAGUUCCUUGGAUUCGAGAUUAUUAUUCCAACAAUUGA